UUCGUUCGUUUCGUUGUUGCAUAGAAAUAUAUGUUGGCUUAAUUUUUCCGGUCGUUUGCUUUUCCUUCGGCGUAACUUCAUUGGAACGUCACUUCAGUUCGGUUAGUUGGUAGUCGUCCUCAGGGCGGACAGUCGUGUUUGUUCUGCCUACGUGCUCUCUUCGUUUGGCUUUAUAGAGGCCUACGUUUAGAACGUUCUUGUUGUCGACGGUGAUGACGUGAGUGUUGUUCGAUAGUUUUCCGUUCGCUCUGCAAUCGUGGCAGGUAAAAUAUCUGCUUAUUCCAAUUUGCGUGUACUUUGUUGGGUGUGAUUGGAUCGAAACCGAUAAACGAUAUAGGUAAAGCCAUUUUUUAUCUAUAAUCGGUGUAUUUUAUUUUUGUGUUAAGUUCGUUGAUAUCGAAAAAGUGCACGAAUAUAGCGGCUAGUGAAUGAUAAAAAAGAAACGAAGAUAACGAAUUUCACAACUGCGUGGUAGCCGGCGAAAGUCCCAAUAUUAUCGAGCUGAAGUUUGUAAAGCAAGUAAAACAUUGUUCCAUUUUGGAUCGGUUGCACAAGACACAGUUGCAGUGGAGCAAAGCAGUUGCACAAGUUGCCGACAAAUAAAUCUCAACACUCACCGAAGUCGCUUUGUUAAGAAACCCGUAAUUUAAUGGGAUUCCCCCCAUAAACAGUUAAUCUAGAUGACACUCAAGAUAAAAGCCCCGGAUAAUGGAUUUUAACAUUUGUGGUUGUAGUUAACGAAUAGUGUGGAUAGGUGUUUGCUCUGUGUUUCGUAUAUUUUGAAACGUAACUUGAAGCGGAUGGAGCAAAAAGCUGAUAAAGUGAUAAAGUGAAAAGGUUGUGGUUGAUAAUAAAAAUAUACAUUUUGCGUACGAAUGCAACACGCUGGUGCUAGAGGCGCAAAAAUGUCCGACAUCUGUGAUUUCGAGUGGUCAAACAAUCGGUUCCGGCAUAAUUUAACUAUUUCGGAUCUGAAGGGGUAUAAUAAAAAUGAGCCCGCCGAUCGAAUUCGUGCCUUAAAAGCGCUGAAGGAGCUGAUAGGAGCCAGUAUGGAUUAUGCACUGAAGGAUAAGUCUUGCUUCCAAGACGACGAGUUCCUGUAUCGGUUUCUGUACGCGCGAAAGUUUAACGUGAACGAUGCGUUUCAGCUUGUUAUUAACUAUCACGCUUAUCGCCAGCGAAACGGGUCACUUUUGCAAAGGUUGUCAGUUUUGGAUGAAAACAUCCAGCUUGCACUCAGGGAUGGGUUUCCGGGUGUCUUGCCGAACCGGGAUCGACGUGGUCGUAAAGUGUUGAUAUUCUUGGCCGGCAAUUGGGAUUACUCGUCGUACUCGCUAGUCACUGUCUACAGAGCGAUGCUGAUUUCGCUGGAGAAACUCCUGGAAGAUAAGCAGAACCAAGCAAAUGGAUUCAUUGCGAUUGUGGAUUGGACAAAUUUCACAUUCCGACAAUCGUCCAAUUUAAAUCCGAAAGUUUUGAAGCUGAUGAUCGAAGGUCUGCAGGACUGUUUCCCGGUACGCUUUAAAGCGAUCCAUUUCAUCGGUCAACCGUGGUACGUCGAAGCAGCACUAGCGGUAAUUCGACCGUUCCUUAAGGAAAAAACACGAGAUCGAAUCAAGUUACAUGGUGGCAAUCUGUCGACACUGCAUGACUGUGUUGCUCGCGACAUUCUGCCGACAGAACUGGGCGGUGAGGGUCCCACUUUCAAUCCGCUAAACUGGUAUCACGAGCUGCUCGAAUCAAGCCAAAUCUCCACGACGAAACCUGCGCCAUCUUACAUUCUAAGUCAGCCACAGUUCUACACGAAGCCACCGACGCUGGUCGGAACUGCCACCGCCAACACCAAUAUCACGACAACGACAGUGACGACGGCCGGUUCGGAUUUCCUGAAAAGCACCAAAGCGGCUGCGGUAAAAAUCGGUGUCCUCACGACCAAGGCGAACGAUCCGGCUGCCAAUAUGCUGCUCGGCGUGGGGAGCGACACGUGACGGUCGGUUACGACCGGAGUGAGCCUGCAGUCGCACAUGGUGGAGUCCGAUACGAUUUCUUGAUGAACGGUUUUGAUCUCAAAUUUCCAUACUCAUUCGAUCAUCCCAACCUGCUGGCGGCGGAUCGCUCCUGUUUACGUGUAGAGCUCUUAAAUCCUGUUUCGAGUGUCGAAUUGUCAGUGAUAUUUUUCGGGUUUCCUUAUCUUGAACAAAAGAAUGUCACCCUGAUUACACCUUCUCAUCUUCGCGUCACAAGGUUUAAAUUAGUACGGAACUGUUAUCGGAUUUCGCGUAGACAAUUCAACGGAUAUUCAUUGAAAAUGAACUAAAAUUACAAUAAUGGGACUAAUCCGAUCGAGAUCCAAAUAGUAUAGGCGUUAAGGUUGGCUUAAAUAGUUGACUAUUGAAAAAAAAAACAAAUUUACACAGAAAGUAAUUAAAAAUAAUAAAAUGAGCUUACAACUUCCUGGAACUGAAUGACGAUAUAUAGAAUUAGUGAACGAAUGUUAGAUACCUACGUUUGAUGGAUUUAGGCAACUAGAAUCAACAGCUUUACUAACAUCAAUUUGUAACUUUUCUUCAAGUUUGGAUAAAAUGUUAACAAGUUAGAGCUGUUUUGUUACUUCUACGGCUGCACCAAAUGACGAUAUUAAAUUCUGAGCUCAAAUAAAAGACAUUGCGUAUUUAGUCGUUCUGUAGACGGUAAGUUUUCCUGUAUUUAUGUGUAGGUUAUUUUUCCAGUUAAUAAUACUUUGCGUGAAAUAUUAGCAUUUACCAGAAAACCGUGCAAGUGUUUUCUACACUAUUCGUAAUUAGAAAUGAAUUCCGUCCAUAUGCAAGCAAACCGUAAUGCUAUUGCGCGUGUUUGCACAUCGAACAGUUAUGUAAGUACCUAUAGAAAUUUGAUUAAUUGAGUUCAAACGUUUUCCUAUUCUUUCACAGUGCUUUGUGAAAUAGGCCUUAUGUAUAAUAAAAUA